GAAAAUACCGAUAAAUAUCCCAUUUAUUAGAUUUUGAUAAAAUACAAAAAAAAAAUUCUCGUAGAAAUUAAAUUAGCCAUAAACAGAGGCGGCCUUGACUAUUUCCGCUCGUAUCAAUCGCGUAAACGUCAACAAGAAGACAAAAAAAGCGAAACAACUCAAAACACGGACACACAAAAAAUGCUAUCCAUCAAAAGAUUAAAAACUGGUGGGAGUAUCGAGCAAAGAUAAGGAAAUUUGUCACACUUGGUAGUUAAAUUUUUAUUCAGUCAGCGAAUAUUUCAGCAAAGGGAAAAUGAGUGAAUCCCAAGUUUCUGCGAUGGAGCCGCUUCAAUCUGGGGAUACGAAGUUUACCAUACGUAAAAAAGUAUGGCUCCACAUGGCCAAAAAUAAACUAGUGCUCUUCCCCAAUCCGUUCGGUCGUAUCCCCAAUUUCGAAGGCACCGAAGAAGCCUCUGCUAGAUUACUAGAGCUUGACGUCUUCAAACAAGCCAAAUCCAUUGAAGUGAACCCCGACAAGCCCCUAGCGCCGGCUAGGGCUCUUGUUUUGUCCAAUCAGAAGGAUCUUUAUGUGCCUUUUCCUAGAUUGCAAGAAUGUUUGAUGAAGAAAUUGGAAUUGGACGAAAAGUUGGAUGUUAAAAUGGUGGUUUCAAGAUGGGGGAUUGAAUAUACUGGUGCUAAAAUCGAAGUGAAAGAUAAAGUAACGAUUGAUCUGCUUAUUGUGGGCAGUGUAGCCGUUUCCAAACAAGGCUACAGAAUCGGGAAAGGGGCUGGCUAUGCCGAUUUGGAAUUUGGGAUUUUUAAAGAAACUAAAGCCAUAACUGAUGAUACGGUUAUUGUUACUAUAGUACAUGAUUCACAGGUGUUCGAUGAGUUACCUCAAGAAUUGUUCGAAAAAUAUGACGUACCUGUCGAUUACAUUGUAACUCCCACGCGCACAAUCAAAAUAGAAAAAAAACUACCCCGACCCGAAGGGGUUUUCUGGAACGAACUGACCAAGGGUCAGCUCAAGGGCAAGAGAAUACUGCAAGACUUGAAACAAAAGCACCAAAGCGAGGGUAGGGAUACAACCUUAAAGGUUCUAAAUCCCGGGGAACGUCCUAUCCGCAGGCCCUUCUUCUGGCGCCGGUUCGCCUUCAAAAGGCGACAAAACAGAAACUACCAGGACAAACCUAGGAAGGAUCAAGUGCAAAACGAAAACCCUCAAAACGAAGGAAUUCCUCGUAGAACAGUAAAAUUCCAAGAACCGAACACGGAAGGAGCGAAAGACAAUCAGGAAAACGUUCCGCCGCAAAUUAAGAACAAAAAAAAGAAGAAGAAGCCGCACAUUGAUUACUCGUUGAGGGUGAGCAACAUCCAGAGGAAUGUCAGGGUGCGCGAUUUCAAAAACGCGCUCAGAGAAAAAGGCAUCAAACCGAAUAACAUCACUUGGAAAGGCAGCCGAGGCUUUUGUUACCUACACUAUGCCAAGAAGAACCAAAAGAAGGAGGAUGAAAAUUCCGACGCCAUAAACAGCGUCAUCGAGAUGAUACAGGACUUGAAGAUUAAUUCGAACGCUCAAAAGAAUUUGAACGUCAAGGUUAUGGAGCCGAUCACCAGGAUCGAAACUGUUGACGUUACCGCUGUGUAAAGAUUCGAGGAUGUUUGAGAUAUUCUUCUGGACCAGAGCAUAUGUUACUGCCAGUGUUAUGCAUUGUGAUUUUUCGGUAUUAGAAUUUAUAGUUUUGCGUUACCAUUUUCCAAGUUACUAUUAGUAUUAUUAUUUUUUAUUUUUGUUUUCAUAUAUUUUAAACAAUUUUAUUAGUACAAACUGCUUUAGAAUGAAAAUUUGGCUGUUUUAUGAAAGCUAAUCUAAAUUGUUGGUGUAACUAACUCGUUAUGUGAUUUUUUGUACGUUUGACAUUAUCGACGUAUGCGACUUUAAAUCUUGAUACUUUUUUGUUUUUUGAAAAACUUGACUUGAUGACUCUUCCAUUUUUUACUGAAAAAAAAGCUUUAAGUAGAAAAUAGUGACAGAGCUGUUUGGACUUUUAUAAUAAUUUAUAUUCUAUUCCAUUGUAGUUUAUAGGAUGUUCAGAGUAUUUUCAUAAUAAAUAUAAUAUUUUGUUAUUA